CUUGAGCACCUCCUCGGCUAAGACCUUCUUGCCGUCCUGCGACAUGAUUACUGAUUUGCGGGGUAUCAGGUCCUGGUUGCGCGUCUUGAAACUCUAACCACGUGUCUGCAGAUAGGGUACUUGCCGCUACAUCCUGUGGGAGCAGUGAAACGAUUCUAUAUGUGUACAAAAAUCUGUGCCAGGCACAGCUUUUCAGUUCUACAAAUAUUUGCCCCUUCCUCGCCUCGCCAUCGCUGCUGUACAACUCAAUUGACCACUCGCCAACGCAACGAUGAGCGAUAGGAAAGACAUCCAUGACGUGGUCAUUGUCGGAGGCUCUCUAUCCGGCCUGCUAAGCGGUGUCCUUUUAAAACGAUGCGGCUACAACGUUACGAUCCUCGAACAGUUUCACUCUGAUAUCCGAAAAUCCCAAGCUGCCGGCAUUGGUCUGACCGACCAAGUUCGUAAACUGUUCAACAGUGCUGGAGUCUCUCUCGACGAUGUUGGGCCUUCGAUGGAGCAAGUCCACUUCUACAGCUCCGUCAAUGGCAAGCUCGAGAUCCAACGAGUUGAGCCAUACCCGGGCGUUAUGACAGGUUGGAAUAUCUUGUUCUACAGACUUCGAGCGCAUUUCGACCGCUUCAUUACGCCGGUGUGCCCGCAACGAGCCCCGAAUGCGUCAGAUUACCCUGACGAAGGCGAGGGGGUAUACAAAACAGGAGCCAAGGUCACAUCAAUCGAGUAUCUGAGAUCCGAGAAAGUAGUUCUCGUGCACUACGACGACCUCUCUACAAACGCUUCGCACACUCUGAAAACACGCCUCCUCAUUGGCGCUGACGGAGGUAAUUCGACAAUCCGCAAACUCCUCCUCCCCUCCCGUCCCGUGUUACGCAAGUACGCCGGUUAUAUGGCAUGGCGCGGCACAAUACCUCGCAAUCAACUUUCUGCCCUAGGCAAAGACCUCUACCGGCCCGGUAUCGCGCCCAUAAUCAUCAAUCCCGCCGUGAAGUCGUAUACCAUGACCUACCUGAUCCCCGCCGACGACGGACGCUUCGGCCCGGACGAAUCACUUGUCAAUUUCGUCUGGUACGACUACUGCUCCGCAAACAGCCCGGUGUAUGUCAGAUCUAUGACGGACGUUGACGGCAACCUACACCGCUGGACGCUGCCGCCCGGGAAAAUGCACCCGGAUGCUUGGGAAGCUCAACUCGGUGUCGCGCGAAAGACACUCCCGCCGCCGCUCGAUGAGAUGGUAGAGAAGAUCUCAUCAGAUCGCCCGUUCAUCACAGCCGUCAGUGACUUCAUCGCGCCCGAGUGCGUGUUUCAUGACGGGCAUGUCGUACUGGUGGGUGAGGCGUUCUGCAUGGCCAGGCCGCAUUCCGGUAGAGGGACGAAUGAGGCCGCCCGCCAGGCAUUACAUCUUGCGGAUGCGGUGCAGGGGAAGAUUACCUGGAGGCAGUAUCGUACGGAGGUCACGAAUUGUGCGACAUUGAAUUUUCAUUAUUCGCGAGUGUUUGGACUGUGGACUUUGGGCGGGAGGUUUGCCCAGUGGUGGGCGGGUUUGCAGUAUUGGUGGGUUGGCUUUCGGAUUAGAUUGUCGGAGAGGUUGUUUGGGAAGGUCAUUCCAUAGCGUUGCGUCGAAAACGGAUGAGCUAUCGAUAUCUAUGUCAUAGGGUGCAUGGUAUCAUGUGCAUGACCCCGAAGUUGCUCCAGAGCACGUCAAGAGGCACAUAAUAAGCAUUAGCGGAGGGAUAACAAUCCAGGAAAGAUAACUGGUUAUCCGCAAUGAAUAGUAAAAUAGAUCUAUCAUUUUAUAGAUCGAAC